ACAGUGUGCAGAGAGCAGAAACCUGAGAGGUUUGCAAAUCUGGUGCCAUUUUGGCCAAGUCGUUCAAGGGCUGGCCAGGUUAGGGGAGGCUGUUCUGCAACAUGAAGGCCAAAGCUUUUGCCACUAUGGAAAAGGAGAAUGGUUUGCUUAAGCCUUCUUGGAUUGAUGAAGGAGCUAACGAGUUGAAACCGGUUGUUAGAUCUUCCUACCCGAAGAAAAUCUUAUUUUUAAUUGUAUCAUUGGUAAUAAUUGUAUUAAUGGUAAUAAUUGCAUUAUUAUCGGUAAAUGGGCUGGGUACAAGGUAUCCAUUUGGAAAUAACAUGACCCCCGCUGCUGACCCUAUUAAAGAAGAAGCGGUCCCUAAAAAUCUCACGGUGUCAAUCCUGCAGGAAGCCCAGAAAUCCGAACCAUUGUGUGAGGACAUGGAAAAUUGCUUCGACAGAGCGAUCAAGGAAUUCGUAUCGGAGCCACAGAUUUUAAAGGAGAAAGCGGUCCCUAAAAAUCUUACAGUGUCAAUCCUGCAGGAAGCCCAGAAAUCCGAACCAUUUUCUGAGGCCAUGGGAAAUUGCUUCGACAAAGCGAUCAAGGAAUUCGUAUCAGAGCCACAGAUUGUAAAGGAGAAUGCCAAGAUGGUCCUUGAGUGUGACGGAACGAGGAGGGAGUUUGUGUCUGGGAAAGGAGAAAACUCUAUCGAGGUGUUCUGGGUGGAUGGCCAAACACAUUACACGGUCAGAGAAGCCAAUUCACAAGUCUAUAUAGCAAGGCUGGGGCGCAGAGAAUUACCACUCAGCCUUGGCAGCCUCUUGAACGUCUACCAACAGUUGGCUUCCCCUGAAGGACAAGAGCUACAGCAGUGCCUAGAUAAGGUGAUAGAGAAAUUUCCCAAGGAACCGCAAACUCUGCAGGACAAUGCGGUGUUGCAGGUCUCAUGCGGGGGGAGUAAUGUGACCUUCCGCUCGGAAGCUGGGACGAAUGAAAUCAACGUAUACAAAGAUACGCAGGGGGAGAUUGUAUAUAAUGUAAAAGCUAGAGGAAGGGCUUGGUGGGACCGAUUAUUCAAAAGGAGUUAAGGAAUGAUACCAAAGAAGGCAGUGUGGGUGGAAGCCCUGUGGUUCUGCACAGAUGAUUGACAAGUUCCCUGUUUCCCCGAAAAUAAGACCCUUUCACUUUCAAUCACUUUACCUCCAAUCCAGUAAUCCAUAAACGUUGUAUUUUCCAUAUUGUAUUCUUCUGCUCUCUUUUUAAUGAUUGCUUAAAUAAAGUUUUUAAAUCGUUA